UCGGUAGAUAAGUGCGUGUGGGGCGGCCGGUGUUUCAGUCUCUCCUUUACCGGACCGGCAUCAUGUCUACAGACCCGUGCUCCUUCUCCUCCGGGACCAGGGCUGUCACCAGACACCUGAACCUGGUCCUGCACGUGGACUUCGACCGCUGCGUGAUCCGGGCCACGGUGCAGCUGACGGUGGAGGCUCUGGAGGACCGGUUCUCCGCUCUGACUUUGGACACCAGAGACCUGCAGAUCGUCUCCGUGAGUGCGAAUGGACAAGCGGCCCGGUUUACGAUGGGCCCUAAACACAGCUUCAAGGGGACACCGCUUGACAUCACGCUGCCCUUUGACCUCUCCAGAGGGCAGCAUGUGAUCGUGGAGGUGACCUAUGAGACGUCUCCGUCUGCCUCGGCGCUGCAGUGGCUCUCACCUGAGCAGACUGCUGGGAGGAAGCAGCCCUACCUGUUCAGCCAGUGCCAGGCUCAUCACUGCAGGAGUAUGGUUCCCUGUCAGGACACGCCGUCUGUCAAACACACCUACUAUGCUCAGGUGUCGGUAGCUAAAGACCUGGUGGCUGUGAUGAGCGCAGUGAGAGACGGACAGGAAGUUGAUCCUCAGGACAACAACCGCAUCAUCUACAGGUUCAGACAGCCGGUACCCAUGCCUUCUUACCUGAUCGCCAUCGUGGUUGGAGCUUUGGAGAGCAGGGAGAUCGGGCCGAGAUCCAGAGUUUGGUCUGAGAAGGAGUUUGUGGAUAAAGCAGCAUUUGAGUUCUCUGAGACUGAGACCAUGCUGAAGACCGCUGAGGACCUGGUAGGACCGUAUGUUUGGGGUCAGUACGACAUCCUGGUUCUGCCUCCCUCGUUCCCUUAUGGAGGCAUGGAGAACCCCUGCCUGACCUACGCUACUCCCACCCUGCUGGCAGGAGACAAAUCUCUGUCCAACGUGAUCGCUCAUGAGAUCUCCCACAGCUGGACCGGGAAUCUGGUGACCAACAAGACCUGGGAACACUUCUGGUUGAAUGAGGGUCACACAGUCUACCUGGAGAGGAUGAUUGGCAGGUCUCUGGUCAGCGAGCAGUUCAGACAGUUCAAAGCCAUGGGGGGCUGGAAGGACCUGCAGGACUCGGUGAACACCUUCGGAGCCGACAACGUGCUGACCAACCUGGUCCCCAGUCUGCAGGACGUGAACCCAGACGAUGCCUUCUCCUCAGUGCCCUACGAGAAGGGCUUCGCUCUGCUGUACCACCUGGAGGAGCUGCUGGGGGGGCCAGAGGUCUUCAUGGGCUUCGUGAGGUCCUACAUCCAGCGGUUCUCCUACGGCAGCGUCACCACAGACGAGUGGAAGAACCACCUGUUCACGUACUUCAAAGACCAGGUGGAGGUCCUGAACAAGGUGGACUGGAACGCCUGGAUGUUCACUCCUGGGAUGCCUCCAGUCAAGCCUCAAUACGACACCACACUGGCUGACGCCUGCAUCGCUCUGAGCCAGAGGUGGAUCAAGGCCAAAGACCAGGACCUGAGCAGCUUUAAGGAGUCCGAUGUGAAGAUGCUUUCGUCCCACCAACUCAUUGAGUUCCUGUCACUCCUGCUUCAGGAGGAUGCUCUUCCUGUGAGCCAUGUGAAGAAGAUGGAGGAGGUUUAUGAUCUCAACGCCAUCAUGAACUCAGAGAUCCGCUUCAGGUGGCUUCGGUUGUGUGUGCGGUCCAGGUGGGAGGAAGCGGUUCCCAUGGCGCUGAAGAUGGCGACUGAGCAGGGCAGGAUGAAGUACACCAGGCCGCUCUUCAGAGAGCUCUCUAACUACGAAAAGUAUCGAGAUGAAGCGGUUCGAGUGUUUCUGGCUCACAGAGCAGCGAUGCACCCGGUCACCUCCGGACUGGUCGCCAAAGACCUGAAGGUGGACGCCAGUAAGACCACCAGCCUGUAAAAGAAACCAGUACCACCAGUACAGGAUGUCAGACCACCAGCCUGUAAAAGAAACCAGUACCACCAGUACAGGAUGUCAGACCACCAGCCUGUAAAAGAAACCAGUACCACCAGUACAGGAUGUCAGACCACCAGCCUGUAAAAGAAACCAGUACCACCAGUACAGGAUGUCAGACCACCAGCCUGUAAAAGAAACCAGUACCACCAGUACAGGAUGUCAGACCACCAGCCUGUAAAAGAAACCAGUACCACCAGUACAGGAUGUCAGACCACCAGCCUGUAAAAGAAACCAGUACCACCAGUACAGGAUGUCAGACCACCAGCCUGUAAAAGAAACCAGUACCACCAGUACAGGAUGUCAGACCACCAGCCUGUAAAAGAAACCAGUACCACCAGUACAGGAUGUCAGACCACCAGCCUGUAAAAGAAACCAGUACCACCAGUACAGGAUGUCAGACCACCAGCCUGUAAAAGAAACCAGUACCACCAGUACAGGAUGUCAGACCACCAGCCUGUAAAAGAAACCAGUACCACCAGUACAGGAUGUCAGACCACCAGCCUGUAAAAGAAACCAGUACCACCAGUACAGGAUGUCAGACCACCAGCCUGUAAAAAGAAACCAGUACCACCAGUACAGGAUGUCAGACCACCAGCCUGUAAAAGAAACCAGUACCACCAGUACAGGAUGUCAGACCACCAGCCUGUAAAAGAAACCAGUACCACCAGUACAGGAUGUCAGACCACCAGCCUGUAAAAGAAACCAGUACCACCAGUACAGGAUGUCAGACCACCAGCCUGUAAAAGAAAC